CAACAAGACAGUUGUUCACAGCUGUUAGCUGUUGGGGCGUUUAUCGUGGAACAGCUUAGUAGUUCACUCAUUAGGGAUUGCCAAAAAUCACGCAAACCUGAUAGCCGCAUCGUUUUGCAGCUACACCUAUUAGCCCUGAACAUGGAAAGCAUAACAAAUACUCUAUAACCACCGAAGUUACGAUUAAGGCUCCGAAUGGCACCGAGCUAUCAUUGAAAAUAAUCCAUAAAAGAGGCUGCAUUUGCAUUAAAAUAGGUUUUUGUAAUUACCAAGACUAAAAUAGUCCUCCCUGAUUUUGUCACACUUGCGAAUUGACUCGUAGCAUGUGAAACUCUGUAAGAUAGUGAAACUGAGUGGUAUCACAAGCAGAUAUUAUUUGAAGAAGAUAUAUUCACACAAGCAAAAAUAAAAGGAAAGAAAAAAGGCAGUGCAUUUCAGUCAGUUGAGACGAUUUGUUAAAACAAACACUCACAUUUAACUCACGUACGAAGGCUUUGCAUCCAAUUUUCAGUUUCGUGGUAAACUGAAAAUAUGUCUUAUAUUGAUAAACUGUACAUUUGAAGCGUAAUAUUUCUUUUCCAUGCGUGCUUAGAAACGCUCUCACCGAACUAUGAUGUUGCGCUAACGAGGAAAGGCAUUGUUUUGUUAUUUUGCUGAGUGGUUUGGGAGGAAAUUCUAACCGACUUCUGGUCGCCUACUCACUAAGUUUGUUUAUUCACAUAAAUUUCCUCACCAAUCGUUUUUUUAAAACACGUGUUGCUAACACCUCUCUCUUCUUUAAGCUACAUUACGAAUGUCAUUCUGUGAUAUUGUUGGGCUUAAGAUCGCACCUUUUUCUUACUUGCUGUCGACAAUCCACUUUGCUUAAUUCAAGGGAACUGCCCUUUUUUUAUCCCUGAACCAAAUUCACUCAUCUGUGGCCAGUUGAUUGCAAAUGAACUCCCACAUUUUCGCGAGUAAACAACGCCAGAUAUCUGCAAGACAGACGAUUUGCUAAUACCUCUGUGACUUACAGGAGAGGAAAGGUUUGUCAUUUCCAUUAAGUGAUGGGAAUUCUCACUAAACGAAAAACAAGAACUGUUCAUUUUCAAAUUGCUUUCUUGUAAUUUUGCCUUUUUGUGUGGCUUUAUGACGAUGAAAAGGAUUCUCACUCACAAUGUAAUUUUUUUUAAUUUAUCCGCAUUAACGCAUUAUGUAUGAAUCCGAAACACAGAUCCCUAUAGGAAGAAAAAAUUCAUGUGAACCACUAAGACGCCAUGGGUUGUGUAACUUAGAUCUUUGUUGAUCGUUUGUUUGCUUUCUCAAUCGGUUUCUACGGAUUAGCAUGAAUGGAUCUGUUGAGCUCGUAAUUUUGUUUAAAUCGGCUUAUGUUCCAUGAUAAUCUUUUAGUUAAGCUUGUUGUCAUUGCUCAGACAAAUGACGAAUAGUUUUUUAAUAUUUUUCUUAAUCUCUUAGUUCAGUGGCGAAAUUGUUCAUUGUAUGAUGGAUCACACCAGCUUGAGCAUUUUACUAUCAUCCACCACUAUAUUCAAUUGUUAUCGGGUUAUGUUUAUUUUCGUGUUCUUUUACACUAUAUUCUUCUAUAACACGUUCAUCAGUGGUUAGUUUUCUGCUUCCAUGCCAAGAGACAAAGUACUUUUUUGUGUCGUUCUAAAACGAUGAAUUGAUCGCUCAGUUUUGCAAACAGUCUUUAUUGAACGAAAUUUUUUCUGUUCUUUCGUCGCUCACAAUUGUGUUUUUGUUGUCAUCGGUGUGGGCAAAUGAGGUGGCUAAUUACUAUGGUACUUUCCAAGUUACUGGUCGGCUACAUUUCAAACUCCUUUUGAUACUCAGUGCUAGAACAAAACACGUUAAAUUAUGUUGCAACUGCAUUCAAUUCACUCUAAUAACACUAUGUUUUAUGUGUUUCCCAUAACAUACUUCAGACAGACAAUACAAAUUGUACCGCUGUGAACAAAAUGGUAACACAGCGAACCGUGAUAUGUACUCAGUUGUCCCUUUUGAGGCCUACAAUGACUAUUCUGAGGCGUCUAUGUAUUAUGUUUUGAAAGUGAAAAUGUCCGAUUAAUAAACUUACCUUGUGCAAACGUCGAGAUCUGUAUGGCUAAGAGAAGGGAAUUUCAUUGGCCGGUCCGAAAGCCAUUCUUGGUCAACACAAGAUCGCUUCUUCUUUUUGUUUGUUUGUUUUCAUAGCAAGGAAUUACAGUGUGUACUUAUUUCCCACACUUGCUCACUUAGGAUUUUGCAGGGGAAGAGAAUAACAAUGCCUUUACUGACACAUUUAUUAACGAAACGUAAUACGCUUGUAGGAAGCCAUUUAAGGCUGGGCUUGUAAAGUAAAUCGGGAAGUUUAUCUUUGCAGUUCAGAGCGUUUUAUCAAAGGAACAACGAAUUGAUCUCUAUUGACAUCAGCUGCAAAGUUCUCAUUUAUAGGACUACCUACAGAGUUGACAGCAAUCUUGAUCACUUUUUCACUAAGAAUGUCUUCUGCUAAGAAAAUCAGCGCAAAUUUUACAGACAUGAUUAGGGAAUAAUUCACUACUGACUUCCUUAUGCGAUUGCAGCGAAAUUAGCUCGCUAAUUGAUGCAAAAUAAUAAUCUUUGAAAAGUGUAAAUUCUGCUUUGUCCGCGUGAAUGAGAUAUUUGUUCGCGACAAGACGUGUGCAUUUUGUUUUCAUAACAAAAUUAAAGAGUAAUCGAAAACGUGAAAGGAGCGUGUACCUCUAGUUGGCGGCGCGCUAUUGUUUUAGUGUUUUCGGACAAAAGGUACGCAACAAAAGACCGCGUGGUCUUUACACCUCGACUCUGUAAACUGUGUUUGCAGUUGACCGAGAAUUUCCUGUUCACGGCCUCUUUUGGUAAACUUCAAUCGUGUUUUCAACACACAUGGUUCGAUUUGUCGUUUUGAAAAAAUAACGUAAAUCAGGUCCUUUAGCAACAGUCGACGCGUCUUGGACUUGUCGCGACCGUCUUUUUGCUUCACGGCAAUCAGUUUCUUUGGCAGCCUUCUUGAAAUUUCAAGUUGUCCCUUGUUGAAACAUAAAAGAAAAAUACACAUCCCAUAAGUUUUAAAGAGAAAGUUGACUUUUCUGUGUGACAGGAACUAACCAAAUGUGUCUAGUCUCAAUUGUUUGAGGAAGCAGUCUUUUGUUGCGCUUAAAAGUUUUAAUGCUGCUUUUGCUUUGUCAGCUGCUAAUUUGGCCAGCUAUAUUUACUUAGACAUCUUGGAGCCAUUUUAACCGCAUUUUGAGAGCUGCAAAUGAACUUGGAGCACGAACUCUCUUUUGGCGUUUCGACUUCGUUUUGUUGAAACUGUGAGUCACAGCAGCUCGUCAAAAAAGCACCAAAAAAAGAUAAAGCUUGAAUAAUCGGUUGCCUUUCCGACAAAACUUCUGCCUGAGACAUUGAAAAGCUUUCUAUCACUCGAAUUUUUUUGAAGGGUUUCGUAAUGAGCCAAAUAUGGCACAUGUCAUGGUAAUAUUUAAAUCAGAUACUUAUCUUACCGGCGCGAUUUUCCCAUUUUCUUUACAGAAGCACGAACUCUAAAGGAGGCAAUUCACGUUUUCUGCAAAGUGCGUUUAGGACUACGAACCAUCACAGAGACAAUUUAUCACCCACCUUUACCAUAACAGCUCAAGGUAGGAGACGUUCUUUCUGAGAGAGUUCCUCUUUUUCUACUUCUUCCAUGGCAGUUAUCCAAAGCUCUUUGUGUGUCUUUGUGAGACUCUUGAAUCUCGAGAGUUCUCUUCUGCACGUGGAAAACGGCUUUCCCAUACUAAGUCUAUUGGUCCACGUUUUAAUGCAAUCUAUCUUAGCCAAUUAAGAUUCCAAUUCAGGAGUGCCGACAUGAAAAUAAAAACUGGUUUCUACCAUGUCUUCACAUCAAGUUCUUAGUCUGCAAGAGUAACAUGAAACUUGAUGGAAAACAUGUUCCCUUGUUGAAACAACAUUUGCUUUUAUUGCUUCUUUCUGACCAUUGUACGCGGCUUAUUCAAGUACAUUUAUAAAAAUUUCACACUAAGCUUUGAAAUUUAAAAUCGGAAUCCUUUUGUCGCGCGCCUAAUUAUCAGUCCACAUAGUUUUAUUCCGUGUUGUGGCAUUUGCCUUUCCUUAAGAGGCGAUGGCUUUCCUGUGAAUGAUGUUAAUUUGUAUGUGUCUUCAAGGAAUGCACCAAACAAAUCGUGUCGAAGAUGUUUAUGCGUCGUAAUUUUCGUACGAGAUAUCCGUUCCCUUGUCUACUUUAUCUUCCACUUGUUCUUUUCAACGUUGUUAUUGUGGUCACUUACAAUCUCGAAUAGAAAAUUAUCUUUCGACGUUAAAGAUUAUUCAUGGAAUGAAAUCAUGCAAUGUCUACAAAAAAUAAAAAUUAAUUUUAGAAACUGUUCGAUGUCGGCACGAGUCCGUGCUCACAGGGAGAGGUAACUAUGCGUUUCUCUGAACAGAUAGCUGACAUUUUUAUUGUGCAUGUAGACACUUUCGGGAACUUUUAUGUCUUUCGUUGUUCUGUUUGACCCCUGCUUUGGCUAAUUGGCUUAAUCAUUGUCGUAUUUUUUGUUGUAGUUGUUGUUGUUGUUUUUUUUUUCCUUCAGUGAAUUUCUGAUCAUUUUUGGCCACAGAUCGACUUCUUAGUUUGGGCGGUUUUUCGGCGCUACUAACGCAGAUUAGAAAAAACGAAGUCGACUUUAACGCAUCUUUCGGCACCUGUCGUAACGCUAGAAGAGAGAAAGAUGACAGUUUUUCCUUCAACUCAAAACCAACUGUCUAUUUUGUUGAUAUUCAAGACGGCAAAACUGGAAAUUUUCUCUGGCGAAAUCAUGGAUUUCACUUGCUGUUGUCUUUGAACUAAUUCGGAAUGUUUCUUUUUGAUGUUGCCGUUUUCUUCUGCUUUUAAGAUAUUAAAUGACCACACAGUUACUAAAUAUUUGUAUGUCAAUCGAAUUGGAUGGCCUGAGGUUAUUAUUAACAUUCAAUGGCGCAUCGGGGAAAAAGCGUUUGACAUAUUCACAAACCGCACGCCCGUUCCGUACGAUCGGGUUUCGUUUACUUUACAUAAUAUCUUAGACAGGGCUAAAAUCACGGAACAAACUGCUAAAUAGGCUCGACUGCAGUUGUGAUUGGACUUCAGUGCACCGCUGUCCUUUCCUGAAGGACAAAGUGACCUUUUUUAACAGGAGAGGAGCGAGUUUUGAAUUCGGGGCAAGUGAAAACACCGUGUUAGUAUUUGUCAAGAUGACCCGCACCUGCAUGUAUGAGCUAACAGUUGUUCAAUUACUUUCGUACGGUGCUGUAGAAACGAAGCAUGCCUUUCCGUAUAGAAAGCCUUCCCACAUAAGAACACUGGUCUUAAUUAAGAAAUAAACUUUACCUCAACAAGUGUGGAAUUUUUGGAGAGAAAUGUAUUCUUAGUAUGACAAUUUUAGCGUGGUUCUAAAGCCAAUCUUGAGAAGAAAAAUUUCCUUUUAGUGCCUUUUUUAGAAACUAUCCCUUUCUUGUCAACAUACUUCCUCCUUCAGGAAAAAAAUUGAAUCCGCGAGCAAUACCUUAGUUACGCUUGAGUCGUUGUUUCUACACCACGAUACUAUCAUUUUGCUAAACGGAUAUUUCUGAUGGCCUCGACACUUCUCCACAAUUCUAACAAGAAAAGACCCCAUGUAUUUUUAUGUAUCACGUCAAAAAGGAUCUCUCUGGAUCUGUGUUGAAUCUUAAAACAUAAUUCAAGCUAGAUUCACUCGACACGUUUUAAAAACAACCUUCUCUCUAGUUGACUAAUUACGUUUCUUGACGCGUUGUUGACAACUUACGAUUCUCUGAGACCUAUCUCCUCUGCGACGGUGUUCAUUGAGUGCCGUUUGAUAUUCCAAUUUUCGGCUCAACUUAACACAUAUGAUGAGGUAUAGGCUGACAGAUCAUGAUAGAAAAGAGAAAUUGGUAUUUAUCUUUUCAAAGACGACAAUUUAAAGAAGAUUUUCAAAAAGUAAAAGCCUUCAUAUCCCUAAAGUCGUUAUGUUUUCAAAUCGAAUCGCGAUGGAAGUCACACCUUUGUUGUCAGAUUUGUUUGGGCUUUGCGUGGAUAAGUUCUCUCUACAAAUGACGCCAUUUUUUUAUUUGUCCAUUUGAAUUCAAUGUGUUUUAGAUAUUAUACUUUCUAUCUGUGCUAUUAAAGGCAAUUUCUUAUAGCAAUUUUGUGUUCAUAUGAACAACAAUUGCUGUCUUCCUUUUAUGUCACACUUCGACCUGUCUUUAUUGUUUUAACAUACGAAGGACAUUUUCAUAAAUAUUAGAUUGGAAAUGGCUCUCAAUGGCGUGUCUUCUUAAAACAAAUUCCAAACCAUUUUCUUGAGAGCACUUAUUGGAGAAUACUCUUUCAAUUCAAAGCGAACUUUUCAACUGAUUAUUCAAAUAGUAUACUUAGGCCGAACAUUUUCAGAGUACAUCGCUUAAUAACCUACAACUUAUAAAGAAUUUAGUACAUUUAUAGAAAACGGCUCUAAUGUGUUUUUUGCUCUUUGGUUUGAGAACUGCGUUGAUUAUUUCAAGCUUUUUUGUUUCAAGAUGGUGUUCUGGGCGGUGUCUAUUGUGCCUUACACUCAAAUGACUACCCCCACAACAUCGACAAAAUUAACUUGUCCGCCAGAAAAGACCAUCAACAAAAUAGCCUCCCCUGACAGCUUUCGAUUCCCAAACAGGUGGUCCAUUUCAGCGCUCCUUUCACUGUCACCGUUUACUUUAAAAGAACACUACAGAUCCUACUCAUGUCAGUCCUGUGUAUUUCUAGUUAAUCUUGUAUUCAGCUGGUAAAUUAAAUUUCCUUUAUUUCUGACCUGUCGUUUUAAUCACAACCAUCAGUAGAGACAAUUUCACAUCGUUCAAACACGAAGGUUAAGAACCUGUCUUUUCAUGAUGUUUUUUUUUAUUUUCUUUCAAUUUUUUUUUUCUUGCCCGGAACCGAUUUCUUCUUAUGCCCGUUCGUUGAAAUUUUCUACUUGGCAUAUCCUCUGCCUUCGCAGAUAAAAUACGACGUUAUAUGUCUUCUUACCAUCAUUAUAAAUACGACAUUUUUCGAUUUAGUAAAGAUAAAUUGAAACGUUGUAAUUAAAACGAAAUGAAGGCUACGGGGGCGAAAACUAAGUAGAAAACGAAGUCGGUCUCUUCACUAGGUAUUUUUUCGUUGUAAGAUGUUGUUGUUAUUGGGAAGGCAACAUACGUUAUUUUGGCUCUUUCUGAAUGAAGCAAUGGAAGAUUUCUUUAAUUGUCUCAGGAAACGUCCUAAUGGAAUAAAACUGACUUUUUAGUUUGAAGAACAUUUUAAAAAUAAUGAAAGUGUAGAAAUUUAUAGAUCUACAGAUAUACAUACAUGUGUAACGAGUUUUUUUUUAGCGCGUCCGAGCAACGAAUUUCAUGAGCCUCCCGUUUCGUUUUAAGCUCCAUCCAGAAGGAUGCAAAAAGGUACUGACUAGAAUCGUCUGGAGACUCCUAAAACAGCUAAUGAUAAAAGCAACUAAUACCUUAAACGAAACACCUCGACGUUUAUAAAACAAUGAAUAGUAUUUCGGAAGUAAAAUUGAAGCGUUAUACUCACGUCGACAAUUCCUUUGCUGCAUAUUUGAGAGCGCAAACGAACGUAGCCCAGUACGAAUUCGAGAGAAGGGGCUGGCGUUUCCCCACAGAUCGAGAACCGUCAAAUAACUGCACCAUACUAUCUCUUCUUUCUGUGUAUGCUUUGGUCUUUUCAGGGAAAGAAAGAGCUACACCAGUAAGGUUUGAUCCGUAGAAGUUACCCUGGAUAUUAUUCCGUUCUUCUUCCUCAUUAAGUUUUGUGUGCCAAACUGGAUCUAAAAUCUCCGAAAAGUUUUCCGCAAAUAUGAGAAUUUUUCAGCUAAGUUUAUGUAGUCAAAUAUGUUUGUGGUAUUGUGCUGUCCGACUUUGUUGAGGACGCAAUUUUUCCGGCGACUGCUCUUGUUAGAGGGGUGAGGAAAAUUUUUCGUCGACAAAUACGUGCGUUAGAUUUUUAUCGCUUCUUACUUGUACACAUUUUAGAGCGAAGACACAUUUAAGAACUGCGGUUUCUCUUCUUCAGGAUUCAAUUUCAGGGAGACUCAGACGCAGCAGAGAUUUUAUCGAACGUGGAGCAACUUCUUUUGGUAAUUUUCAUGACUCCUUAUGACUCUCACCAGUUUUAGGAUUAGUAUUCAAAAUAAUUGUUCCGUUCACUCGCUGGUUCCUAAUUUUAUAGUGCUUCCUAGUUUUACUAGCACUACAGUGACAAAUAGCUUCCAUUUAAUAGAUUUUGACAGUUAGAAUCCAAAGCAGCCAAAAAAAAAGAAAAAUCUGUCAUUCAGUGAAACAAGAAUCGAGCAAAAGACUCUUUUAAUCGGCUUCCUGCUGUUGUGAACUGGUGGUCUAUUCAUCAGUUUAAACUUCCUUCCCUACGUAAUUUUUAGUUCUUUUCUUCGUUUAUUUUUUAAUCCAAUCUAGUUUUUACACUCUUCCAAAGGUGGAAGUCAUUCGCAUUAUAAAAAUUACGCAGUGGACUUUUUCAAUUUCCGAUCUUCGAUCUCUUUAGACCAAUGACUUUGUUACAUUUUGAAGUUUUAAGAUUUUCAUCCUUAAUUUUGAAAAAGUAACAGCUAAAUCAUCACGGGACAUUAUAUAAUUAGUUUUACUAUUUCUAUAUCUGUUGUUUCUGUAUUCGCAUCACAAAGAAAGAGAGAAAAAAAAAUAUUUCGAACAGGGGAAAAUGGUGACAGUUCUUUCAUUAAUUCCUCACGUUCUUUAUUUGGAAGCAUGAGCAUAUUAAACUCGUUUUUCGAAGUAGCUAACUCUCUCAGCCUUUAAUUUCUUUUGACGUUCAAGAAGUUCAUACUUAGAAAAAAGGAGCCACCUGAUAUUUUCCCUUCGAAAAUCAUUCUAAAAUAAAGAUUGCAUUACCGGUGGAUAACCCGCGGUAUUUACUUUGCUUCAAGCUCGUAUCAAUCACUUCUGCUUGUUUCUGAUUUCCUUGAUCUCAAUACAAGCGGCAACGAAAACUAGAGUUGAGUAUUAAGGUACAGUGUGUAAUUGUUACUGCAACGGAAUCGUCUUAAAAGCCGGCCUUGAUUUCGUGGGUAACUACUGUGAUUUGCCAACUGAAAAGAUAUGAUCGACAGCUUUCCUUUGAUUUUAUAGCUAUUUUAUUCUACCCUACUGGUUUCAGAUUCAUUACAUAGCAUUUAAGAGUUUUAUCGAAACAAACUGCCAUUGCUUCAGAUUUGAAUGAAAACGCUUUCUUCUCACCGACCAAUAUGAAUUUAACCACGCGUUUUCGAGCAAACAAUUCAUUUCUCUGUCUCUCUAUCGAGUUCUAUUAUCAGUUUUCGAAAGAGUUCUGUUCACUCGUUGACUCUUCCUUGAAUAACAUAUGGUCAAACACAGUCGUUUGGAGAUUUUCCACUUUCAAAAGGCUCUUUCGCUGCACCUAAGUAAAUGUUUGCGUGGAAAAUGAUUUCUUUUCAUGGCCAGUUGUUUGGAUGGUUGAAUCCCCUUUUGUAUUUCAUUGGUGCCACCUUCCUGAUACCUGCACCCAGUAAGAGAAUUGUGCCUAUUCCAUCCCAGAAAGAGAAGACAAAUUAGCCACCUUCAGGCAAAUAUAUUAUGCUCUUUGUUACGAGAUAUCAAUGGCUGAAAUCAAAGAGAUGAGAGAUAUAGUCCCUUUGUAACCAAAAAUCAUUCUGGUCCGGAAGGAUAAGCGCAAGAGUUCCUUAAGAUCGAGGGGAAAAAUUCGCCGCUUUUCAAUUUUGUCGAACUUGCACCAUUACGUGACUCUCAACUAUCACAUCCAAGAUUUGAAUUUUGAAAUUUGGAGGGAUCUGGAGAAAAACUUUAAAGUAAUUUCGAGGCUUCCGUAACCAUCGACAGAAUUCCUCUAUCCUCAGAGAGUAGUGGCCGUUGAACUUAAUUCACAGGUAAGCGAUAAAUUGGCAAAACUGUUGUUUCAGCGAGGAACAAACGUGACGAUAUUUUUCUAUUUUUCCUGAUUUAUCGUCCUUCAUAAUCGACACAUCCACUAGCUCAUUGUGCGAGUGAUUGAUCAUAAAAUUCGCUGUGUGCUGACUGAAACAGCAGGACUCAAGACUCUCUUUGAUUCACAUCGUGUGACUCAUUUCUGUUGUGUCUUUUUGCUAUUUCACGCCCUUACACCCAUUUAAUUUUGUUAAAAAUUAAAAGGUUACUUAUUCUUCAUUGAAAAUAGCGAGGACCUGACGGUGCUAUCCAUUUUUCCAUUGGCAAACAAACAAAAAUUCUUGAACUUAGAAUUCUUAUCUUUGUCAUGUACUUGAGAAAGGACAUUUUAAUUUCAAAUUCAUUUUCGUACGUGACUGUUUUAUUUCCAUUAUUACGAUGAAUAAAGGCAAAUUCCAUUGAAAGUUUAACAAAAGGAGAAUAUUUCUUUCAAUUCAAAGUGAAACUGAAUUUUUUUUUCUCUGGUGUUCCUCGUGGAGUGCCUUUUCUCGAAAGUUCGCGAGCACAAGGUACAUUUGAAUUUUCGACUUAAGGAACAACUUUCUGGCCAAGCUCAUUCAUUUAUUUUGGUUUUCAUUAUUUUUUUUCUUUCGUAAGACGAUUUCCAGAUUUUGAUCGUGUUGCUUGCGAAAAGUUCCCAAGGAAAUAGAGAUUUCUUGUCGAUUAAAGACUCGACACUUAUUACUGAUAUAGCGUAAAAUUUUGUUUGCUUAUCCUACAGCGGAGGCAAUUUUAGUGACCGCUAAGUAAUUUUUUGUCAGUGUACUAUUUGUUUUAUCUUUUCAAACGGAGGUCAUGAAAAACAGCAUCGAACGAUCGUGGCAGUUGUCAUUUCCGUGACAUUUCGGAAAAAUUAUAAAUUACACAGAACUUUAAGAAAAAAGGGGGCAUCCCUCAGGUUCACAAAGGCAAAAGCAAUAAGCUUCUGAGCACGCAUACCCCACAUAAAUGAAUUGGUUCUUUCGAGAUUUUGUGAGAAAGUAAUUACAAGAGGAAAUAUGAAAUCUCUUGCAAUUAGAGAAAAUGUUGCCGAGCCGAUCUUGCCCGUAACCAGAGGAAGAAAAACCUCGAUCAUAUCAUACAGAAGUUUUUUUUUUGUUCUUGAGACUUGUAUUUUCGCUGCCAAUGAUGUAAAGUAAACUGAAAAAAAAAGAAAUAUACGAAUGUUAAUUAAUCUAUUCUUACACCUACUCGUUGGCAAACAAGAAUAGAACGGCUGAAAGAGCCACAAACGUAGCCGUGCAAAGUCAUUUUUCAAUCAUCGUUAUUUUAUACUCCAACGCUUUGGUUUUUUCGCGUUUAAUUAUUGAUCGUUUUCGAUCACGUUUCAAGAAAGCUUUUAAAUUUAUCGGUUCAGCGGUAUAUCUGUAAAAUUGUGUCUCCCGCCUCAGACAGCUUUUAAUAACAAAUGUACCUGAAAAGAGGAAGAGCUAACAAAACAAGAACUUCUUAAAGUUCCCAGCAGUUAUUCUCCGAGGGGUUCGUUUGCUUAAAUAGGUACGUGAGGUGCUCUCUUUUCAUACAUUAAAAAAAAUAAAAAAUAAAAAAAAAGAACUGCUUACAAAGAUGAUCUUCCGGUCUCGAUAUCUGUAUCGUUGUGCACAUGGGUUUUUGCUGCCAUUGGCGACUUUCUUUUGUGAUUUGAUGUAAGACAUAUUGUUAAGGCGCGGAUGUAAUUCUGCAGUUUCCACAUAUCGUGAAAAUAUCCAAAUGGCAGAAACAGUUAGCUUUACAAAAGACAGCCACCCGCAUUGUAUGUACAUAGAGGUGGAAUAUUCAUUUGUCAGAGCUUGAGAUUUUCCCAAGUUCCCGCACUGAACAUCAUAAGAUCAAUUCAUACUCAUUUUUUUCCUUUCAUUUUAUUUUUGAUUCUUUUUCUGCAAUUAAACUAUGAAUCUAAGCUAAGACCAAACUGUGUGUAGGUACAUCGAACAUAUGUUUCCCAUUAUAAAAAUGUAAUAAACUCUUAAUGUACCAUACUACAUAAAAAACUUGCGACUAAUUUCUAUGCCAUUUGUUAUGACAUACAAACUUACAUGUAUGCUUAUCUUUCCUUAAUGCAGCUUUCGUCUGGUUUCUGGCAACAUCAUUUGAUAUUUUCAAAGCACCGGUUGUGAGUUUCCUCCAUUCUGUUUUUACCUUUCAUCUCGCGCUGUGGUGCGCGUAGCCAGCUCAUACAAACUUUUACUUAGCGCUGAGCUUUUGAUAAUUAUUAACCUAUGAAAGCUGAAAGCGCAUUCCGCCAAAAAAAAAGGUAAAAUAGUUCUUGUAAAAUUAGAGGCGUGCAACGAAUGCAACGAAAUGUUAUUCAGAUUUGGUUACAUUUUUAAGGAGAGAAAGAGAUACGUUAAAUUAAGGAAUGAAAUGACCAAAAAUAAAAUUUAUUUUGAAAAGAAUAGGUUUACCAUACUUGUAAUUUCUCUUUUCUUUUAUUUUGGCAUGUACGCUUUUAAGUUAAGAGCCCACUGAAUUUCAUCUUCGUUAAAUGCAAACAUCUGGGGCACUAAAGAGCUCCCCAGAGUCGAGUGUUAUUCCUUGUCCUUAAUGCGAACUAAAAGGCAUCAAGUAUAUUCUGGAUGCCAUGUAAAAUAUACAUCCUCGGAGUUUAGUUUGUAUUCUUUACAGGUUGUAGAUUUAACCUGCUGUGUUACUAUAACAGACGUCGCGAAUCAAACGACCCGUGUUCAAGUAUCUUGCCGUGUCGGUCAAGGCUCACUGAGUUUUUUGGAAUGCGCAAGUAACAAACUUAAAACGCAGCUGCUCCGAGUUUAAAAGAAAUGAAAUAUCAUCUUUACGCUCCUGGCGAGCGAGAAUAUUUGUUUUCUGUUUGUAACAAGAAGAGGUCUGUUUUGACUUUAUUCUUCGUGAGUAAAAGGCUAUUUUGUUUGUGGAAACAAAGGAGAAAAUUUGCUUUAUUCAGAGAGUUCUGCUCUCGCGACUUGAAAAGAAUAGCAACACCAGUAUAAAUCUUUUAUUUACUUUUCUUUUUCAUUCAAGGCUCCGAUUCGAGUUUUAUUCUUCCGUUGCUUUUCUUCAUUCGGUGCAAAAGGCUGUUUUCCUACCCUAUCUUGGCUCUUCUGUCUCUAUCUCUAUUGAAUUACAAACACACCCAAGUCUUCUUUUAUUUUUUAUUCUCCCUAUCGCUUAAGUUAUUAAGCUCUGUUUCUUAUCAGGAAAAAGAAAAUUAAAGCGGCAAGAAAUUGUCCACUUGAGGACAUGCUGUGUCCUCUAUCGCCAGAUAUGACAGAGGGCAUUUCCUACUAAAAGGGUAUUUAACGGCCCGCCAACCAGAAGUGGCUGUCACUUAUUGCACGGCCUUUUGAAGUUAUUUACCCACUGAAAAGCAUUAAAGGUCGGCACGUUUGAAAUUUCACAUCUGCGGAUCACAACUGUGCUGUUGCCUGGCGUGUGUUUGUUCUCGAUACUCAAACAAUUUCACUUCAAAAUAAACAAAGCAUUCUGCUUUUUCCUGAAGUAACUGUUUUUAGCCGGGUUAGUGUAUUGAAAAGCCGGGACUUUCCUUCCUGUUGUCUCAAUUGGAGAGGGCGUUCAACCUGCGCGCUUAUUUACUGACAGUUUACUCUUCGCCUAUUGGCGUAUCAGGACGUGCACGAUCAACCAAUCUUUGACAUUCCCCCUUCAGUGGGCUUCCGAACCCAUUUAAAAGUCCCCAAGUUGAGUAGCUGGUGGCCACUCAAAAAACACUUCCUUAUCGGAUGUGUUUUUGUUUUUGUACAUGUACCUGCCAUUUAACGGCAAUUUCGUUGUCUGAGCAGCUUUUAAGCGUUUUUCUCAACGUCGUUCGAUUACCUGUGGUCAAUAAGCCAUUUAUCGCGCCAUCACUGUCAACAAGAUUGGUUUCCAAACUGAAAGUUUAUAGCAGUACGCCUUGUUCGAUCGACUGGAAAAACAUUAAGUAUCAAGUAAGUGAGAAAGAUUAAUUAGGAGUGAUGCUUCAUCCAAAGAAUUUUAAUGUCCUCGUAAUGAAAAAUGGCUUAACUUACCAACUUUUAUUACUUUAAUAUGGUUACCUUAGAAUCUGUAUGUAGGUAUGAAAAAAUUUUUUAAACUUUUAACUAAUUGUAUCAGAACAUUUCAGCUUAAUACAUACAAUUUUUUCGUAGUGCAUGUAUUUUUUAAAAAGUUUCAAGUUUCUUGUGAAUCCUAAGAAUUGAAGACAACGAUGGAUGACCAAUGCGCAUUCUUAAGCUUCGUUCUUCCUCCUAGUCCUCGCAUCUCAAAGUUUCUAUUUGAGGCCGAGCUCGAAAAGGCAUUACAUAUCUUUGAAAAAACCGUUCUGUUUGUCUGGAUUAAAACAAUCCUCCAUAAGCUAUUUGUUGUAAAUGCAAGUUUAAGAUAAGAAGAGUAUUUUUAUAGAAAAAAACUUGCGAAUGCUAUAGGACUAAUUCCAAUGAAGCUCAUUCUGAUAAUUUUGAGAGUUUUGAGAUUGUUGUUUGUUUAAUUGUUUAAGUUGAUUUAAUUCUUUCUCGCCUGAUUUUGAAGAAAGCAUUUCUCACCGGGUAUCUUUUGAAAAGGCUUGACAUUAGGACAGAAAAAAAAAACAUAAUGCCCUUUGGAAAAAAUGUACUCGUCAUAUCAUUCCGUCAAGUUUGCCCCGAACAUUUUGCCCCUUUAGUUGAAGUGAGAUCAGUACUAUGAUCACUUAACUCAGAAGACAUGGAUAUGUUAUUAAAAUGGCUUAUAUUCUUAGGGUUAAUCCUGAUCUAUUUGACUUUGUGUUUGAAUGUGCUAUGUUAAGAACUAUUUUCUAAGACUUAUUACUUUCUGCUGUAAUCUUCUUGGCAUUAGCAUCCUUUGUUUCAAAUUGUAAGCUAAUGAUAUUGUCUUAAGGAUGUUCUUUGUAUUUCGUUCUUUGUGAUUCAUGAAUGUUCGCAGAACACAGUAAAACCAAGGUCAUUUGGGCUGUUCACGAGCAAAAGAUAUGAUCCAUACGAAAACUCCUUUUUCCUCUGAUAUGCUCUUGCAGCAAAAAAGAAAAAAAAAACAGAAAAAAAGAGUAAAAAACAUUUGCAGAAUUUAUCAGUUGGGAAAGGGCGAUCAAAUUCGGGUGAAAGGAAAGGCAAGGCAAAUUCUGAUUUUUUUUGUCUCAUUUAAAAAGUUUUUUAUAGCCUCCACGAAAAGGAGGUUAAAACAUUUUUCCCAGAUUCACGUAAAUAAUUCAAAUUUCAAUAUAUUUCCUCUGCUAUUCGUGUAUGCAAUCUAAAACAAAUGUUGUAGGAUAGUCACAGUCAAAAACACGAUUCAUGAAUCAUUGAUAUGGUACUAAAUCUGAAAUUCUCCUAAUGGUUCCUAUCUGUGAGAACUCGCGUUCUCUUCCAAUAAACUGAAAUGGAAUUGUAACCAGGUAUGUUACCCUGGGUUGUUGGGCUACAAACUACAUUAUGGAGCUGUUUAUUUGGGCGAAGCAAUAUGAAAUCGGGUUGAAGUAUCCCAAUAUGACAUUUGACGGACCAGUAAAAUAUUUAACGGAAUUCGACACCGCGGAAAGUCGGUGAGUGGACCGUCAAUUUUUUUGGAUAAAAUUAUGAUAUAGCAUAGUUCAGAAAGUCACAAUAAAUGCCGCUUUCUUGAUUACUUGAGUAAAAUAAGAUAUUGCAUAGGAAAAAUGAGGCUUUGCCUGUUAGAUCGCGAAAAAAACCGAGUUCAACUAAUCAAUAAAAGUCUGGACCAGUCAAUAUAAUUUCUCAUAAAAGUAUGACUCGUAGCGAAAAUUUCUUGUGCUACGCUAACCGGAUCUUUGGUGUAUCUCAAACGAACGAUCUUCUAACUUUAUUAUCGACAUUUUAUCCUACCGUAUGACAGAUUUGGCCCAAAAUUGGACAAGAUUGUUGGUUUUGUAUGUUUUGGUCGUAUUAAAUGAUUUUUCAACUUCUGGAAAUACACACAACGUUUUAGAAACAGUGUUAAAAAAAAGUGUCGCAGGUCGUUAAGAGUCAAUGAACGCCAAUAAAUGAAUUUCGAAUGCAUGGCGUAACUGUCCAACGAGUUCUCUGUGGCUCAGGGUGAUGCUUCGAUACGCAAAAUCCAAGGGUCUGCGAUCUGAAUCGUAGUAGUGCAUUCUAAUAAUUUGUCACUUGGCCCCACUCCUUCCUCGUGUUAUUAGUACAAAAGACUGAACCCUAUCUACUCGAUUCCUUUUGGGCGAGGCUCAAUCGUUCCCUUUGGUACAACCGUUUAUUUGCCUUACAAGGCCAGCCACGUGGUAUUCAUUCAUGUCCCACACUUUACAUGACCUGUUCCAACAGCGCAACUGUCAAAACUUGGCAGACCUUUAUUUAGCACCUGCUUCUAGCAAGACCUUUUGCACGUAAAUUAAAGCAAAUUAAAUUUCUUCUUUGGAAUCCUCUAUUGAAGGUGAGAAAUGUCGAAAAAAACUCUUUUGAAACUGUUAUUUUUCAGUCUGAAAAUCUCCCACUUAUUUUGCUUUUAAAAAUUCCUUAUUCCUACAUACUCAAACCGCACUUCGUGCACGGAUAACAACUAAUGUAGAACUUAAGUUCGUAACCUAGUUAAAUCUUUUCAUUUUUAGAAGUAAACAAGUUUUGAUCUUCUUUCAAUUUAUCGUUCUACAAAUUGGAUACAGUCAAAUGUCAGUUUCAUUAUCAUUAUUUUUUUUUUCAAGCAUCUAUCGUCCGACAUUAAAAUUGAAAAGGUUUUCUAUUUAUCCAGGGUCAUAUAACACGGUCUAGACGCACAGUACUAAAAAUACAUAUUUUUAUAAAUUUUCCCUGCAGCCCUCAAUUUAAACUACAUCGAAUAAGUUUUGGUUAGCAAACGUUUAGUUUUGCUAAGAUUUCAGUGAGGAUUCCCAUAAGAUAAGGUUUUCAGUCGCUAUAAGUGCAAAUUGUGUGUGUAAUUUUAAAAGUUAGUACGGUUACCCUCCAGUUUUCUUUGCGCAAAACUCUCUCUUGCUUUCAACGCCAGAAAAAAUAGGUUAGUGUCAGUUUUUUCAACUAAGUACAAUAUUAUCUUAUUGCCCCUCGACACAUAAAAAGUCUUCUCUUUCAUCAUCAUACAAAAGUUGGAAUUUUUCUAAAAAUGCUGCCAGGAUGAGGCCUCGGUUGAAGAGCCGGUGGAUUGAUAAAGCCUGCAGAGAGCAGACUCGUAGUUAUUUUCUAAGUAAGCGGUCUAAGAACAUUUUUAAAGUGAUACUCAAAGAUGACUCGAAACUUCGAAGUUCUGAGAAGUGAAUGAUUUAUUAAAGAUAAUUGGAUAGUCCUCUUUCAACCCGUCGGGGUUUAAUUCAACUGCUACUUUCUUAAACGAGGUAUCACGUAAUGACGCAAUGUAGGGUAUCGUUGGGUUGGAAUGGAAAGUGCUCCGGUAUUAUACAAUAAUUUUUCUUUGACGUAUCUCUCUUACUCAGAUAUACUUCAGUGUUCGACGCACUCAACCGCUUUCCAAUCUCUGUCGGAAUUGAAAACAUUCUUGAUUUUCUUUUGAUUUCAAUUAUUUUUUUGUCAUAUGUCGUUGCUGUAGCUGCCUUAGUUAGCAUACUAAUAUUUUAACGGUUCAACAUGGCAAAACCCACCUCAUUUCCCAGUUUUACAUGCGCUUGGAAUAAGUUUUUACCCCAGUUGCUUCAUGGGCUUUUGACCAAAGUUAGAAUUCUAGAAACUGGAAUUAUAACAGCAUCUAUACUACCUUUCAGAGUCAUUUACGUUGCUUUGCUUGAAAAGAAAGUUCGUCUUGAAACUGAAUUACCUACCGUUUAUUAGUUAAAAAAGGUACUUCAAUUUACUUCCAACGCCUUGAAAUUGUUAUGGGACAAGGCAGACCCGAAUGCAGAGAGACGGUCCAUUUUUUCUUACAAGGUCCAUUUUUGAUUGAAUAAACAUGCAGUUUACAUAGCAUGAUUUGAAUGCUUCGUGGUAAUUGUUCUUGUUAUUUCGCUCACUCCACAGGUUGAAUCUGCCUGAACCUCACAACAUUUCAAAAAAAUUGAAAGUGCACAGAGACUCCACUGAAAGGUAACUUUCUCUCUCGUAUUAUUUUAAUGUGUUCACCUCAGUGUACGAUGGUUUGAAGAAGCUUUUUCAUUUGGGCUUGAGCUGUAUGGCCAGAAUUCUUUGUCAUUCUGUGCAAGUUGUUGUCGUAAUAUUUCUUUAGUUUUGUAAGCCUUUUUUUUCUUGUGAUUUACCAGAUAGAUUCUUGCUAAAGUGAUAAAGGCUUACGAUCCGGGUACACACCGGCAACCUCCUAAGUACUCCAUAGACGAAAUUUCAAAAUUCUCUCUCAACUUAUAACGGUAGUUUGAAGUAUUGUGAAAGAAUUGAAACGUGCUUUAAAAUACCUGCUUUUACUACCAUGCACGUUGACAAGUAACUUCUUUACAAUUCCUUUUCUUUAAAAAUUCUCAAUUCUCAAUGAACUUUCGAAAGUCAAAGGAAAGGACUCGUUCCUUUGAGGCUUCUGACGAUUGUGGUAGAAUUUAGCUUGAGAGUCUUUUCACGUUUACUCUUUUGUGACGGAUACAAAAAAAAUAAUCAUAAUAAUCCUUUGCGUUUUCAGACUGAAAAUUUAAAAAUUGAUCUAAAAACAACGUCAAACCCCGCACAUACUGAUAAUCAUCGAAAUAGGAUAUCAUUUAUUAUUCCAUUUGGAGAAACUUGCUGUGUCUUCGCCAUUUCUCUCCUCUUUGGAGUGAACUUUUGAGGAUCACAAUAUUUUCUUUUUUCUUAAUGAAGAGGAUAUUUAUCUUCUGGUGGUCCUAAUCUUCUACUGAGAGUCGUCGGGUGGCCGUGUUGUUUGUUCGUUAUGUCCUAUCUCACUGUUAGCCAAUUUUGAUCAACCAGCUGUAAAAUUAUCUGUGACAACUCGUCCUAAAGUUGACAGUUUUCAUUGUAAAUUCGCUCUUCCAACUUUGUGCGCGUGAAUGAAAAACCGCACAGCUAAGAACAAAGCGAAACUCGCGGAAAAUAUCCCAGUUUUUUCUCGCUAACUGAUAUAUACUUAUCAUUUCAAAAUUUUCACCUUGUCCUCCUAAAACUGAGUCAGGUUUUAUUGUCAUUGAAAAGACAUGACUCGCAAGUUCUUAGUUAAGUGUUGGGAAGGCAAAUGAUUUGUUUGACGUUGAUCACAAAUACAAUCUAAAGUUCACAGUCAAACAUUUCAUCUCUUUCUGACAUUCAAAUUUGAUCAGCUUUUCAAUUUCAAUUUAAGACUUAUUCAACCUUCCAUUAUCAGAAAAGGAAUUUGUUUGUUUACCUCUUUUAUUUUGAUCUAGCGCGUGUAUAAAUAGAUCUCAUGUGUACAGCACCCUAAGAGUUUGAACAAUAUAGAUUAUUACUUACGAAUAAUAAUAUUCCAAAAUAUAAAUUAUAUAUCUUACAACUGCAAUUCCGUAGUAUCGGAAGGAAAGAAUCAAGUGAAAAGCUACGAAAAAUUUACCGUUCUGUUGAAGUUGUAAACUUUACAUUUUUCCUCUCACGAGAAUGUCUCAAGGCUUCAAGAAAUUGCUUCGUAAUGGUUUUACAGAGGUUCACUUGCAUUAGCCCUGCGAGUUUAGACUCACUCAGUUGGGCGCGUUUUGCGUAAGUCGUCGCACAAACAAUUACCACACGUCAUUGAUGCAGUCCGGUAGAAAUGUGCGACUUUUUUUUUGAUAAGAUCUUAUUGAUGAGCAUCAAACCAAAACAAAAUCGCUUGCCAGUAGAAUCGUAGCGCCAUUCAAAAUACUGUCACCUUCACUCUUUUUCCUUAAUUCAACUUAUAAUAUAAUUCUCGUUAAAACUUCCGCACAAUGGUUCUUUCUUUCCCUCAAUUUACUACAUCAGCGUUCCUUUUCCUUCUCCUUUUCACAGCUGAUAAAUACACCGUAUUUUAUGCAGUCUGCACCAUUUCUUUUAGUUUUUUCCUUGCGCUAAACCAAGUUCGUCUUUCUUAAAGCGUAAAAUCUUCCCUACAAUUUCGAUAUAUUAAGCGCGGGAAAUGCGAAACGACGGAACUCAAAAUUACUUUUUACCAACUAUCGCGUUUCAGCGCUUGAAACAACAUCAUCCAAGUUUCUGCUACAGUUGGCAGAUGUCCUUUAGAUUUUCGCAACAUUUUAAGCCUGUAAACAGAUCUAUUACCAGGUUUUGCAUCAAGCUUACUCUCGUUCGCUCUCAUCAAAUUUAAUGAUAUAUGUUAUCUUCUCAGAGGUUCAAAGCAAACUGUCCUGGAAAGCGGAGUAAUUUUUGUCGUGUUACGAUAGAGAAAGAGAGAGCGUUUUCCUUCCCGUUUGCUUUCAGACUAUGAAUUAUUCAUCCUUUGGCGGUCGCUCGAUCACUCCUUUAAAGGUGAAAAAAUUACAUUUCAAGGUUAUUGAGCUCCUAAGUGGGUCGUAAAUAUUGAAAGCUAAGUAAAGUUAACGACUUGAAUGCAUUUAACUUGAGCGAAUUCUAUUUUCCAUUCAACUAACUUUUUCCCUUUUGUUGUAACAGGACUACACAUAUAUUUAUAAUUUACCGUUUGCCUAUUGAAUAGCAAAAGUUUCUUGAGGACUAGCAACCUCUUCGUUAACGAAAUAUGAUUUUUGUUCAACGCGAUGGAUUUUCUUUCGGUCGGUUUUUUCCGCUCCGCGUUGAUAACAAUUAAGUGAAACUCAUUUUACUUCGCUAGGUUAAACAUUCCUUCUAAUCGCUUGCACAGUUGAAGUCCUCUACCACAUGCGGUGUUUAUUUAUUAAAUUCUGGGGUAAACAUCGGCGUGAGAGUAGCGUGAGUGUCUGGGUUUCUGCGGCGUGGUGAAGGCGGCGAUCCAAUUCCAAGCGAAUGUUUUUUUACUUUCUUUAAGUUAAGAUCACAAAGUGUAAAACACGAGGAACGCUAUUUACCGGUAAUAAAACAUUGUCAUCACAUGGCAAAAACCGGUCGCUUCUUUCCGUUUCUGGAAUAGACCUAAUAUUGAUGACAUAGAGACUUUUCGGUCGCCCUCAGGGGAUCAUAACGAUUCUGAUGUCCUUAGAUACAAGCACAAUCGUAUUUUCCAGUGAUUUCUCCUCUGAGAAAUAUCAUCGGCACAAGCCAAUAUAUAGAAAACAGAUUAAAGAGCCGGUCUAUUGGCGUGUGCGCGCGUUAUGAUUCAACCAAGGUGAAAUGUGAGCUCUUUCUUUCGCGAGCAAUAACAGGUGGUAUUUCAGACAGAAUAGUCACAGUAGUUCCCUAUCAUCUUUUUUAUUCUUUAAUGUAUAUAAGAGCAAGGAAUCGCUUCUUGUAGGCGGAGCAAAACAACUGGUGGCGAAGUCCGAUCUGAACGAAUAUAAUGUCUUUCUUUGCAUAGACCGACUUUGAAACAAAAAACCUUGGGUUGUUAUUCACGCGGUUUUCAGUGAAUGGUCCGGACAGUUUACUUUUUCCUCAUAGCGUGAAAUUUUUCGGUGGUGUUCUAAUCUUCCGACUUCAAAAUUCCGCGGGUAACUCUGGCAAAAUAGAUAUUCAACUUUCGUGUUAAUGAGUGUUCAGUGAUGUUUGGCCGAAUACGUCCUUGAGGCUCAAGUCUAAUCACAAUACGGCUCGAGGAGAGAUCCCCUAAAUUUGUGUGCCAAGCCAUCAAUUGAAAGAGAGACCAAACAGUGAGUAUUCUUUAACACUGAAGUCGCACUUAGGGGUUGGAAGAUAUUAUUUUUGUGUUUACCUUCUCGGGAUAACUGUGAAUUGUGUUUAAAUCGGCCUUAGCGGUGUGACAUCUUUUGUGUCAAAAACACCCUCUCGCUAAUUUGCAUGUGUUUGGUGAAUGACCGUCAUGUUUAGAGAUUGAAUAUAACACAAACAAGAUAUUAUGAGGUGUGGAACAUGUAGUUCGGAUUUGGCCAUAAAAGGAACAGGCAUAGUCAGAGUUCGCUUUUAUUUUCAAAGAUAAUUUUCCAUGUUUCCAGCCUUUUUAAUUUAAGCGUUUACUUUUCUAUUGUGUGCGAAGUUAAAAACGGGCGCUGCCAUUUCGCAUUGGAUUAACGCAAGUUGGAGAUUUGUAGAAAUCGGUUUUUCAUCUUUGUACGUGGCUUGGGUGGUAAUUAAUCCUUUCAAAAAAUCAAAGCGAGUUCUUUGUUUGUCGUUCGAUUUCUUGCCAGUAGCAAGCAAUAUUUAUAUGAAAGGUAUAUUGGUCAAGGGAAACAGCACAGUAAGGCAGAAACAUUUCAACAUCGAACAUUUAAAAUCAAUUUUCACUUUUUGUAACUUCGAACCUUCUCAGCUUUUUAAAGGUUUUCUUAGCAGUUACGCCUCUUCGUCGCUCGCAAAUCCUCCAAUCCCACGACACGAAAUAAGUGAAAAUAUCGACUAGGGAAAAAGCGACUUCAUCAAAUGCAAAUAGAUUAAGGGAUAAAAGCUAUUAUUAAGCAAAUUCGAGAGAAGAUUAUCCAAAAAUAUAUACACGUCCAUUAUCAACUUAGUGUAAUGAAUUCGUGAAUUGCGGCGUACCUCGUCCAAGUCAAGAUUUAGGUGGGAACCAAUAGCGAACGCGUGGAGAAAAACAGCUUUCUUUCUUGCAAAGAUUUUGUAAAUCUCUAUCGCGCCAUUAAUUUCGGUUCCAUUUGUCGCCCUCGUGUUAAUUUGUAAUUUACUUCAUUUUGUUCGAUGUAUUUGUGAUUUUGUUGUAUUUGUAGAGUCUAACAACAAAGCGAUAUUUAAUUUCUCUGUUAGUCAAAUUGCAUUGUGUCAUCGUUGCUUUUCACUCGGAGAAAGCUUCUUGUUUCAAAAAACACGCCUCGACCACAUUUCGAUUUGGGUAGAACGCUCUUUUGAAAUCAAACGUUGUCACUUUGGUAGGUUAGGGUGAGUCACGGAGAAAUUAAACUUCCUUUUUCACUCUCGACACAUAACCCACUUCUAAAUGUAAUGUUUCAAUCGUUUUUAACCGACAACUGUGACUGAGAUGUUUCUGUGACUUAAUAGUGCAGUUAUCUUCAGCCAACCUGUCGAGUGAGCGAUUUUAAAUCCUUUAUGCAAGUUUGACAGAUGUUUUUAUGUUCUGACCCAACAUCUGCAUGCCUAAAGGCAGAUAUUGAUAAAACAAGAAAAAAACUCAAAUCACAUUUGUGACGUUCACAUUAAAUUGUUUCAUGACAAUAACUUGCUAAUGUAUAACUGGGAAAUCAGUCUUUCUGGGCUUAAUUUUCUGCGGAAUACUAAUAGGGUUGUUUCUCUGCAAUCGUCUUGCAAAGUGUGUGAGUUCUUAUCCAGUUUACCUGUAUUGUGCUUUUCAUUUGUUUUCGAGAUAUAUUUGGCUGUUCUUCUGUUGUAUACAAAACAACACACCGUACUAGGUACAUCAAAGGGAAAUUACGAUUCAAAAUAAUCAAGUUUAAAGGCAAACAUUUCUAAGUUUUCUCGACAUUUAUUCGAAGUCCCUCCCUUUCAAUAGCCUUCAUACAAACUGCGCUUAAAGAUAAGCACGUAGAUUUUAAACUGGCUUUGGUGAGGCCUGUUCGCUCGAAAUGUUGGCUUUGUAAUAUUGUGUUGUUUGGAAUUUAAUAACAUCUUCUUUUCUCUCCUAGUUAGCUGGCACAACGGGCGGUCUUUGGUUCAGUAAAAACCCCAGGCUUCUCCUUUAACUUCAUUGAUUUAAAAUUUUGACGUGUUACAUGAAGGGCCAGUUUGCAUUGGACAUGGAGACCAUCAACACUAAAGGUACAGUAGGUUUUAUUUGUGUACAUGCUUGGUUUGAAGUUUUUUUGUGUCAUGUUCAGUUGCUUGUUUUGUCGAGAUAUCGAAAUAUCAAGACCCUCUGCUUUGCAGAGUAACUCUUCUUCGUAAACUCUUUGAUCAUCAAACUCGAACAAUUUCGGCCACGUCACAAACUUUUACCUGGGUUUGCGGCCAACCUCAUUGUUGACAAAGCUUGAGUGAGCGAUGUGCGAAGCACUGAUUAAGAAUUUGCCAAAUUUCUAGCUCUACUUAAGCAAAGUACGACGAAUUAAGGUGUUUGAACUAACAGUAGUUGCUGGUCGCGAAAGAGAACCAAGAGUUUACCUGACUUUGCAAGUUACUCAAACUUUAUUAAUCGGAAAGUCACCGAUUUCAGUGGUAGAGUGGUUUAUCUUAGCCAAACUUCAAGCCUUUAAAACAUCAACCCUCCUCUGGAAAGGGGAAUUUAUUGUGCCCUAAUUGCUACAGUUCGGCUACAUUUUUACUCCAUAUUUUUACUUCUUUCUAGUAGAUAAAGGCGACUUUUUAAUCCAACAAUUUAGAAAGUCUCUUAGAUACCCCUUAACCGAUUCUUCAGACUUACGAUUAUUUGGAAACUCUUUUUACUUUCUUAACUACGUUUGACGCUUACACAUCAAAGAACAUGCUUUUUGGAUCAUUACUGAUGAUUGAGAUCCCUUUUCAAAAGUGCGCAACCGCUCAUAUCUUCAUCUUCUUCGUCGAAAACGACUUUCAAAUCAAACGGAACGCCGAAUGAAUUUUGGUUCAUUUAUUUCUCCAUCAAGAUGCGGCGAGAUACUCGUUACGAGUUUGGUUUUAAUCUACUUCAUGCAAAUGAAAGCUGCCCUUCCUUUUUCCGCCCUAAUUCUAAGCUCCGUUGUCCGGUUGUCAUUUAGAAACGAUGCAGAUAGAUAUUGGUUUAUUUCCCUCCAUUUAUCUCUGCCUUGUUGUCAGAGAUCCACCCGCGUUAGUUAAAUUUCGCACUUUGGUAGUUUCGCUUUCUGCUCCAUGGGCUUUAAAUGAUACGCCAUACAGCGGGAUGACGAGUUUUGAAAAGAACUGGGAAAGCUUGAUGGUUUGGUCCAGUAAAAAAAAACCAAACGCCUUAGUGUAUAUAUUUCUCUGAUUUCUGAUGGAUAAAUUCUUUACAUGCUGGGUUUUGUAACCCUUCGUUCCUACACCCCUGAAAACCCCAUUAAUUCAUGGAGCGGAGGUUUACGUCAGUCUGAUUUUUCUUUCUUGAAAGAAAAGAGAUUACAAUGCUUACGCUACUUAUUUGAAACAGGAAUUUAAGAAAAAACUGUGCGGCGAGGAAAUUACAUAAUUUUCUUGCCUUAGUUGUUUUCUGGAAAACAGAUGGCGAGUUUGAAUAUUACUUCAAUCGCAGCACAUGGCUAAGACACUGCUUUAUCCAGGGAGUCUUGUGAAUCUUUUUGCUUUAGGUCGACCAAUUUGUGGUUUGUAACAAGAGAGUAUGGUUAAUGUACUGUACAGCUUACGGCUAAUGAAUUUUUAAUGCACCAUUUUUAGCAUUACUUACUUUCCAGCUGAUUUAAUCCGCCCAUUGUCAAAGACGACCAUUUUCUAGUAGAAAACAGAAUACUUUCGAGGAAGGAUUUUUUUUGCGCUGUUUUAUGAUCACAAAGCUAGUAACAUUUCCGAAUCGAUUCCGUAGAAGCAUACAUGUCAACAAAAGUCUCUGUAAAUGGAAAAUUAAAAAAGCAUAACGCUCGUGCCACGAUUAAUAGCUCCAGGCAUACUUUUUAGUUUCUUUACACGGAAUAACAAUGACUUCAGUAAGACUGAUAAUGGCUGUUUUUAAUAAACCCAUCCCUCAGUAUCCUGACAUUAUUUGAAAUGAUAUUUGUUAUGAAGUAUUCAGGAAAUUACAUUGAUUGAAACUGAAAAAUACCAAACUAGGAUAGUGUAUUUUCUUCCUGGGUUCCGCUUAGUGAACGUGCCCAAUUUAAUUUGUCCUUCACAUUUUGCCAGAAAGUCACGUUUGCGGAAUUCAAUAUUGAUUCAGUACGCUUUCGAAGCUCAAAAGUAAUAUAACAUCCAGCCUUUGAGAUCCAUAGCUACAAAUACAAAUUCGCGUAAAUCAGUUGCCAUCGCAUAUUUUUUCACUCCAGGUAACUGACUCUUCUCGUUAAGGAGUUAGAUUGUGCUGACUAACUGAAUUUUUCCCUCUUUAGCUUUCCUUGUUUCUUCUAAUAAAUUUUCUUUAUGUUAUAUUGCGCUUCUUCCUAAUUUCAAGCUUACUUCCGUUCCUAGUGCGCACUAUUAACAAGUUUUCUAAAAAUUUAGGUGAUGCGUGGGGGAAAUCUGUCAUCUAGUCAUUUACCCCGCUGUAGGUAUCAUCAAUUCCUUACAAAAAGUAUCAGUCUUUCCAUUAGAAGCACGCAAUUCUCCGUUUCUACAGGAGAGCUUGUAACAAUCUGGAACUUUAUUUAUGACAUGCAAGGACGUAGGUUUGAGUGUUAUUCACGCGCGGGAUUUUAGAGUGCUUCAAUCGAAGCUUACGUCCAAAACGUUCUGUUUUGAUGAUGCUGUUUAUAUCCAUACUUGUAUGCAAAGAAAAUAACCCCCAUUUUUCCACUCAUUCGACCGAGUUUUUGAAGCAGGAUUGAUCAGUCUUGCAAAACAUUUCUAUUGCCGCGAAAAGAAGCUAUACUAGGUAUUAAAACUUCCCUCCUUUUUUGUUUGUCCAAAAUUUUCUUGGAAUUAAAUGACGCCAACCACAGUUUCAUUUUGUGUAUAGAUAGUGAACAAAGCAAACAAAAGAAAUAAGUAAGUUCAUUUAACCUAUGAUUGGGAUUUUUGCUUGCCUAGUGUUGCUACACUUUCCCCUUUCAUUUAGACCUGCUAAAUCUUUCAUGAUUCAAUUAAACACUUCUAGCUCUACAUGAUAAAAUCCGUUUUAGAAGCCGCCCGUAUGUCUACGAUCUAAGUACAUCUGAAUCUACAAUUGUGUUCAUUACAAUGCUGUAAAUUUGGCGACAAUAGCCCGUCGUACGCUCUAGUCUGCCUUUAAUGCUCUCAGAAUUUAAACAUUUACCACAACGCAAGCAUUCUUUAUGUUAAAAAAGAAUGAAAAUUAAUUAAUGUUAUUACUGACUUCGCAGGUUUGUGACUCUAAUCCCUUUGUUUUCGUAACGCUUUCUGAAAAAUGUUAUUAUACGUUCAAACACGGUAUCAUGUUUUUCCCGCGCCUUGUAACUUCAAAAGAGCCGAAUACCUCUCAAGCAAACUUAAUUUAGUGAGCUCGUAUUUUUGAAGCGUGUUGCCCGCUUUGACUACUAGCAAUGUGGUUUGUAAAUUAAACAUUUGACAGCAAAACAAGUUUCCCCUUAUAUAACGAAGUUAAACUGGCAUUGACUUAAUUUUGUGUUGAUUUAUUGCAAAGGCCAUUCAGAUUUGUGCACAUGCAAGUUUUAAGAAACAGAAACAGUAUCCUUUCUCACAGAGAUAUUUUUGGAAGAAUGUCAAAUUUUUAAUUAGGCUAGUCUCGCCUUCAUACUCGGUUUAUGCUCAGAUCACACCACCAUGCUAAAAUGUCGAAUAAAUUGGUGUUUUGUAUGGCAUGCAAGUCCGUCAGAACAAAAUAAAAUGUCCCAAGCUUUAAGGAGUUUUUCAAAACUUUUUAGUAUCAAUAUUUGCGAUAACAUUACAUGCCGUUUGAUUCAACUGAAAUAUUUAAGUUUCCUAAACUCGAGACAGAUUCUUGAUAUUGGUUCUCAAACAAAAAAAUCACUGUUAUAUUUACGCUGUAUCUUUAUCUGUAGCCACGCAAUACAUUGAAUUCAAGAAAUUAAAAAGGAUGUUUAUUUUAAGUAUGUACGCCAAGACAGAAAGAUAAAAUUUGAUUUGUUUCACACACGCUAUUUAUUAACAGACGUUUUAUUAAAAUCUCUUGAAUUGCUGACUUAUGAUUUUGAUAUAUUUAAAGAAUGUGUGUUUCUCUCUCUUUGAUCGUUUGCAACAGUGACAAUGGUGAGAUUGUGUUCGUCUGUGUCCUAGACUGGCGUCGCUCAGUCGGGCAUUUCCUGACUUUAUUUCCGAAUAUUCUUUGUCUUAUCUACAAAAAAAAGCAAUAAAAGUAUUCUGGUAUUGUGUUUGGGGGUGAUAACAGUCCUCGAGUUUAUAGACGUUCGCUUCAUUAAAAAACGGGAGAGACAACUUUUAUUAAAAAUAAAUCAUAUACGAGUUUUGAAUGCUACUUUUCCGAAAAAAGACACAAAUAAAAGAAUUGACAUUUAUAUUAGUUACCUGAGCUUUUCCCCUCGAGGUACUUUCAAACUGUUAUAAGAAAUCAUUUCCAUAAAGAGUUUAAUAAACCUUUACAGAAAUAACUCGACGUUCAUGAUAAUUUUACAUAUAAACUUGACCUGUAAUUAAAUUUCCUCUAAAGCCUUUUGCUUAGUUUAUUAAAAUCAUCUUCAGUCGAGGAAAACAAUGCAAAAUGUCAUGAAUUUUUCAUACAACCUUUUUCAUUUCUCAUUUCAAAUUGUCUCGUUUCACCGUCUAAUACAAAGUAAGCAAACAUUUUGCCAUCCACGAUCUUGCAUCAGUUAGGCAUGAUAUCACAGCGUUCGUGUAAGAAAAACUUUCCUUCGUAAAGUUAAUGAAAAACAACGUUUUUGUCUUGGGUUAAGCUUCAUUUGUGACCAUCCCAGGUUUGGAUCCAGGUUUAAUUAAAUAUACAAAUUGACACGUUCACAACCAGAGUGCUGAGGAAUAAAACUGUUGCAAAUUUUCAAAAGUGUUCCCUUUCCAAAAAGAAACGAUUAAUUUCAAAAGCAAAAUCAACUUGAGGAACAUAGAGUGUCUGGCACUCUACCUGUUUUAAGCAAUUGGUGACAAGAAUGAGUAAAUUCAACAUUUAGGGAUCAUUUACCAUUGCAAAUCAGAUCACCUUAGAAAAGGAAGAAGGAAACGUGAGAGACAAGAACUAAACGCAAUUGUUCAGUAAUUUGAUAGAGACUUUUAACCCUCCAGUGCAACCCACCACAAUCAGUUAUAACACGGUUAAGCUACAUUUUAUCAAGCUAAACGCAGCAACAAUUAAACUACCCAUAAAAGUGCAGGGUCUGCUCCUCAGAGAAGUGUGAUAAAGCAUUCAGACGAAAAAAACACAUGUAAGUCCUAUUCUAAGUUUUUAAACCAUGAUAAGUCACUAUAUAAAUUACGAUUAAACAUUUCUGACCUUUUCAAUUUUGAAAUUACAGUCGUCGGUGUACAACUGUUAUGUAAACCCCAAAAGACUAUGCUUGUCAUGCAAGAGAAGUCCACAUCAUGCGUGUUGGUUUUUUCAUUUUUUAGUUGUCUUUGGCUACAAUCAUACUACUGUACCCCCCUUUUUUUAAGUCGUCAUCUUUUUACUCUACUAUCCAUGUUUACAGGUACAAUAUCAAAGAAAAAAAAAACAAUAAAAAAUUCGAAAAAUGUGGAUAAAAAGAAUGAGCCGCCACCUUGGAUUCGAACGACUUAGCAAGAAGGAUAAAAUCUGCUAAGAAGUCUGUUAGUUGUUUACUUCUCGUUCCAUACCUCACUUUAAAUGAAUCUAUCUGCACACUCACAUUCCUAGAAUUCUGAGCAACAGCAGCACAUAUUCAAUCAUGGUUGUGCAACUUGAAGUGUUUUGUAUUGCUAGCACUGUUUCAGGUGUAAUCAAUUUGGAACAGUCUGCGCUAAAUUUAGUCUGAGAGUUUGUCUCUCGAGAAUUUAGCCUUUGACACUUUUGAAGUGUGAAAGAUUUGAGUCUUUCGUAAGAGUGAUUUCGCAAUAUACAAUGGUUGAUUAUUAGUUAUGAGAAGCCAAGAAGUAGCCUGAAUCUACGGCUUUUAAAAAAACCAUUUUCCUUUCCGUAAUAUCACUGAUUGAGGAAACGUGACAGGAAUAUUGUGUUAAUGCCACCUCUAGAAUUCCAGUGCUGUCCAUGGAAGUUGAAAGAAUAAACCACAACGUUCCCCGGGUCUGAUAUCAAAAUACUUGUGGUUCCAAAUUAAACUUGUGAUAUUGACCUCGCCUAUGGGUUCAAGACCACUCCUCAAACAUGUCGCAAGAGCUUUCAAAAAGCGGAUCAUAUCUGUAGGAACGUUUCUACGCACAACUCAAAAGGAAAUCACGUUCUUCUUGUGCUGAUUCUAGAAAGGUGUGGCCCGUGUUUUUGCCACCCCAUCUUGGAGAGGUUUUUCCGAAUAUAUUCAGCGACUGAAUCAUUCUUGUGUAAGAAAACAUCCUAUAUUACAACCCAAUAUAAAAGUAUCAAUGUCACACUCGUGGUACGCGAAGAACACCAUAUGUGGCUCACUUUUUCGGACUGUAUUUAUACGUUUUUGUUUGACAACCGUCAGCCUCUUACUUGCAAAGCGUAGCGCAAUGUUAAACGCUGAUGUUGAAGAUCUUUCCUCUCAAGAAGGCAAGUAUUUCUUUCUGUCAUUAUUUUUACUUUUUCGAACAUAUCAGACGACUCAAGUGACCUCUUUAGAGUUAUAUAAGCAACUUCUAUCUUUGGCGCUAUCCACUCCUUCGCUAUCAAGGCGCGUUAAAUUUAUCUUAGCUUUUGAAGCUCUAAGACGAUGCUCUCGAUAUACAGUCAUCCAAUGGGACGAUGCACUACAUUUCUACUCAUGAAUGAUAGCAGAAGUGUAGAUAGACUUAAGAUAAUUAGCCCAAUUACAUAACUUUCCGAUUUUGUGCGGCCUAAGUUCUGCACCAAAUCAGUUCCCGACUGUGCGUGUGUCAGUUAAAAUGAUACCAAAACGAUACUUAGUUUAUUGAAGGGCGGGUAACCCGACUUAGCUGUUAACUUAUCCUUUGUUUUUGUCUGACACCUUAGAGGGCUUUGGCUAAAUAAGCAUUUUACACAGUCUAGGAUUAAGCUUUGUUCUCCAAGAAAUGUUCUGGUUAUCAGGGCUCUAAAGAAACUUAUCAUUACCUGACUUAGACUUGACCAAACUUUUUUAACUUGAACUUUGUCGGUUUUCGUGUUUUCCUGCAUAGUUUAAAACGAGUGCAAUUAUUCUUAUCAAUAUUUCUUAUAAGAAAUAUUCGAGCUCUGACCUCACGACAUUUUAACGAGGUUAAGUGAUCCUUUUUUUUAACUCUUUUGUCGUGGAAAGUUAUGGACGUUUGGAAAAGGUAUUCCUUUUCCCUCCCUCAACAAAAAGUAUAUGUUGUCGUGUCUCUUUGUUUAUGGUUUGCACAAUUCAGUGAUCGCUCUAUUCUAAAACAAGAAUUGUAAAAUACUGGCAACAAUGAUUUUUCCGCGAAUGAAGCUUCCACACUAAUAUUGUCGUUCUUGAUUUUACCUAUGUGUUGACAAGUUUUAGCAUAAUUCCUGCUGCAAGACCAAAUAAUGAAGGGAUGGUAUAUUGAAAUGUGUUUUCCUUAUCGAGAAUCGACCUGAUUUUCAUAGAGCACUCAUGAGAAAAUGGCUUUCUCGCGUUUAGUGGUGUCACAAAUACCUAGUAGGCUUGAAACGAAAAAGAUCCGUAUCACCUUGAUCAAACAAUCUGUCAAUGCCGGAAUUAACCUGGAUUUUGUUUUCUUAAGUUGCACACAAAAUAUUCGUAACUAAAAGUCAUGUGUUUUAAAUUGCAACUUGAACAAAGAUUUAGAAACAUUUAUACGUUUUGAUAUAGCCGCCUGAUAGUGACUUGACGGUGUAAAGGGGCAUCAAGCCUUUCUCAAAUGCACUAACUUUCCCUCUCUCUUUCUUUUAGUUCCUUGUCUCUUCUUUAAAUCUCUUUUCUAUUCUGUUUUACUUCUCUUUCCGAAAUUAAUUUCCAUUUUCUCUUUUCCUACUUUUCACCUCUCUCUUUUCUUCCUCUUCUCCGCAUUUCCUAUGAUGACCAGUCGUCUUCACUUCUCCUUUUCCUACAAGUGUCCUUCUACUUUGCUUUCAUCAGCUGGUCAUUACCGUCCUUUUGAGGUGAACUUCAGUUGCUGUUUACUUAUUUGCUUUGGUUGUCUAAGUUGUUCGCCAAACACAGGACACUCAUCACUAUCCACAAAAAAUGACCUUUGUAUCCUCUUGAUAAUUCAAUUUUUCCUUGAAGGCCCGCGGAGAUGAUUGUAUCCAAAUUGGAACUGCCUAGUUCUUAGGUUUUAAAUUCAGCCGAACCUAACGCGCGUAGAAAACAUGAAAAUUUGAAUUAAAAUGUUUUCGCAAACCUCUUUUACCUCAAGUUGGCACAAAAUUCUUGGUUAGUUGUUGGCAAAUUAGACCAUCUGAAUCCGUUGGAGAAUACUGCUCGAUAUAUUUGACAACAAAUCUGAUGUUUGAUCAUCCGUUUAUCUCGCCUAUUUAGAGGUGUAAAAUUUUUACAUCCGACCUACAUGUACAUUAAGAUUAGUUGCUAUUUUGUUCCUUACAUGCGAUCACAUUUUGAAGAAAGAUGUUAAAAAAUUUAUCUCGAGCGUGGGACACAAAAAUAAAUCCCGGAAGAUUCGAAAGCUGAUUUCGCGGCGGUUACCCUACAAAACACGCUACUGAGAACGCGACCGGCAGCAAGGCUAGACGUCCAUGCGUAUCUUACAUAUGUAGCACGCGCGUUUCGAAUGCUUAUUCUUGAUUUUACCAUUAGAUAGUAAUUGGAACAGCCCUGUUUGAUUCCACCAAAAUUUCGUAGAAGGAAAUUUAGAUUUAGAAAAUGUGAUGUCUAGACCUGAAUUAAAUAACUACCUGCGACGGUGGAAUUUGCGGUUGAUAAAUUCAUUGCAGACAGAUAUUUCCAUUAUCUACACUCACUUCACUGAUUGUACAUCAAUAAAUAUUGCAUCAACGUUAUUUGAUAUAAAGUAUUUGAGUCAGUCGGGAAUGGAACUCCAUAAAUACGUAUUUUGCUUUACGGAAAUUAAAUGAGGAGGAGAAAUGAAUUGCUUUGCAUGAUUUUUCAUACACAUGUGGCCAUUAUUUAUCUCCACUGAUAUAUUUUAGUUAAAUGCAUCACAAACUACACAAAAUACUGAAAAGUAUUUCUUGGCUGAAGUAAUUUAUGGACAGUAUAUGAGUUCGUUAUUUUGGAACGUUUCUAUUAACUAAUGCAAGACCCUUUGGGUCUUUUUUGCCUCAACUGUUGUACUCAGUACAUAGGCGAUAUUAAGAAGUAAAUUGAUUUUUGUGGAUUCAUUUUCCUUAUUUCCCUGUUUUUGCUUUUAGAUAAAUGAUGGUGCGAACUAAUAUGUUACUUCGAAUCUUCAUUUUUAUCCUAAGAAAAAUUUGCAAAUCCUGAUAACUUGUAACCGGUACAGGUGCAGUCAAGAUUGAGUUCGAUUCGUCCGCAAUAUCCAGGGGAUUUGCCACAUCUGAGUUCAUGAAACAUUUAUAGGUAUCAAUGAUAAAAUAUGUGUAGUUCUUAUCAUUAUCUGCGAGAUUAUUCGUAUCUCUUCUUUGCUAACUUCAAUUUAUGGGCUUCUCUCGCUUUGUAAAGGUCAGAGAAAGCCAAAGAUGGCCAAAAUCUCUGAUUUGAAGCAAUAUGACUAGAGAAUCUGCCCAAUGAAUUGAACACUCUUCCAAAACGCUCUUUAGUCCCAAAAUAAACUUUUAGCGAUGUGAAGAACUCACUCAACUUGGAUAGAUUUGUUUUUGUUUAACUCCAUGCUGUGUUAAUUAUUUUACAAUUUCCCUAGAUUUGUAAACGUUGCUACCUCGUAAAUAAAGGUUGGAUUAUCUCUUUGCCGGACUUAAGAGAGCACCAGAUGUCAGUUGACGACACAAAGAUUGCAAAGCUCAAGAGAUUUUGAAAAGUAUCGAGAACGUAUUUCGUGAUUCCGAAAAGCAAACAAUCUCAUUGUCUUGCUGCUUCAGGCGUUUAUGAAGAAAGAAAGGAAACAUUUCCUCUGAUGAGGAAAAAGUCUUUGAAAUCAUAUGAUUUCCAUGAUUGAUAAUUCCGCUCAAAAGUGUUUUACGUACGAACAUGAUUUCAAGUCACUCGCUCGAGUGAAAAGAAUUACCUCUUUAUUUGCGGAGAAUUGAAAUAUUACAAUAUAGUGAGUAUUUUACAGAAAGAAAAUAUAUUCUUUUGUGACCUUCAAAUAUUCUUCUGAUAAACUACACUUAACCCACAUAAAGAUAUAAAAUCUGCACAAUGAAUUUUACAUACUUUUUCAGAUACGAUCUUUUUCGGAAAGAUUGCGUUAAUUGUGGUGCCAAGCUGUUCCUUGAAGGCAUAUAUUUUUAUUUUAGGUUUGGUUUACGUUUCCUCAGUACAUUUUCCUUCGCUACUAACUCAAAAUUCUGAAUAUGCAGUUAUUAAAAAAUAUGGCCGUGGAUUAUUCUUAAAUGUAAAGAGCAAAUAUAAAGUAAAUAUACUUUCUUUUGACUUCUUUUGUGAGGAUCAAGACAAAAAAAGGACAGCGGAACAGAAUAAUUACCGAACGAUGUCUUGGUCACAAUGGAAGUUGUUUGUUUUUCUCACUUCAAGCGCUGCCUAAAGAGAAAAUUCCCACGGGCUAUUUGGCGUAAACAGAGGUUCUCUCAUUAUCUGAACUCAUAUUUUCAUAAAUAUUAUUUUUUAUCUCAAAACCUCUCAAAUUAAUUUACAAGGAGUGGUUCUUAUAAAUAUAGGUCAGAAUUCUUCGAAUUUUUCGUGCUUCGGUUUCUUAUUACCAGCAAAAAGUUUGAACGUAUAAAGAAAUCGCCUUGUCGCUAAUUGCGGCCACAAAUGUUUCUUGCGUCCAUUUGCUCUCGGGCAGCAGAUGUUUUAGCUUUUGUGUAUAAUUUCCCUCUUAAUAUUAGGAAUUACCCACGGCAAAAAACGGAAACACGGUAAACGGAGUGGUUUGUGCGACAAACGUUUUUAUCUUUUUUUUUUUCAGUCUUCGUGGCAACCAAACCACACGAUUUCUUCUUAAUUUGCCACAUUGUGUAAAUUUUGUUAUCCAUUUUUGACAGUAAUAUCGCCAUUCCCCUUGAUCACAUAUUUUCCCGCCAUUUUGACACGGUGAUUGUUUUUCUUUUAAUACCGCCAGCUGAGAUAUAACAAAGCCUAAAAAAAUUAACAAACAUAUCUGAAAGUUCUUUUGGAGAAAACCUUCCUUAAAUGUCAUUUUGCUGAAAAUACAUGUGUUACUUUUCACUGUCGACUGGAUGUCUACACUUUCGUAACCAGACAAUCUCGUAAAUUGCCCAUAUCCAGCUCGAGAAUUGAGGUCAAAACUGUGCCGGAGGUUACGAAAUUCGACAUUGAAAGACAUCCUCAUUAGGAAAUUCUUUGCCAAAGUGGACAGAAUACUUUUUGAUCCUUACAAUGUGAUAUUGUUGAAGUUUACACAAUGUUGUGUACAUUUAUAUUUAAGACGCGAAGCGGCUGCUUUCUUAGUUGUUGAAUAUUGCUUCUAAUUGCCUUGUAUUUUUGCCCUUUUCUCCAUUUUAAAUCGCAUGUAACGCUGAUCUAUGACUUACACACCUUACUUUCAUCGAGGCGACAACCAGCUUUGUGCUUCUAAAUUACCACUAUAGACAAGCAAUCGUUCAAUAUUUUUAGCACAGCAUUUACGCUAGGCUCGCUUUAAAUGUGUAAAAUAAAAAACGCCAUGUUUGCCAGGUUUUCUUUUUUUUGCGUCGAAGCUAAUUUGAAUGUUCAACAAAUAGAGUUGAAUGAUUAUUGUAACUUGUUUUAAAAUUCGAAUGACCUUUGUUCGCGUAAUCUACAUUAAACAAAGUCAGAUGGAGAAAACUGGGUACUCUCCGCUAAAUGUAAAUGCAACUACACAUAGCUGGUCUUUUACAUCGAAUAUAUUUUCAUUUUCCUGACUUGAAAAUAUAAUAAUCGCAUCUCCGUGUUCCUUUUUUUCCCCAAGACCAGGCAACUGCUUUAACCGCAAUGUUACUCUGACGAUCUGACUUAAUUUUGAAAUAUGCAAGAUCAUUACAAAGUACACAGGAUUAGGGUUUUUUUGUAAUUUAACUCUGCGUUCAAAAAGCUGCCGGAAUCAUGCACGAAAACAGUGAUGAAAUACAGUGAUACCUUACUACAAGAAAUUCUCUAACCCUAAUGAGCUGUUAGAAUAUAAAAAAAAAAUCAAUUUUAAUUUUCGAUCACAUCGUAUUCUUUAGCGACACGUUUGUUUCGACACUAUGGAGCCAUUUGCACCUGUUUUAUGGUUUUCAUUUUCGAUUACAUAUUUUCCUGUUGCUAUAAAAAAGCACCUUUUCGGACUUAUCUAACCUGGAUGAUAAUUCCUUUUUUAAGAACAAGUUCCUUUCUAAAACUACCAAACAAUAUACUUUAUGGUAGGGUGAAAAUAGGAAUCGAAUUGCGUAGAAUUACAUUUUCUUUUUUCCUAGUUAUGAAUUACAUUUCCGGAAAUUGGGCCGGAACAACCUCUAAAGAGAAAUUUGACUCCAUGCAAAGAAAUCUUAUGCGAGCAUUUUCACCGCCACCAGAGCGGCGCCACUGCUUAAUAUCAACAGCAGAAUCACCAAUAAACUUAUUAUUCGGGUUCCGUUUCUAUGCAAACAAUCUGGGGUUGGGAAAAAUUUCAACCAAGGCAACGAAAGAUGACUUGCAAAGACCGUGCGAGAAAUUAUUCUUCGCAACGACCUUUUUUUAUGGAGAGUUCACUCACAUUACAUAUAGCAAUUGAGCUUAGCUAAAUUGUUGUUACGCUUGUCUUGUCUGUCCCUAUUUUUUUCCCUCGUUUGCGAUUUGACAUUCUGUUCUCGAUCAUGCAAGUAAAUGUCAAUCAGUGAUAUUCAGCGGUUUGGAAGAAUUCCACAAUGCGAGUAAAAUAUUUCAAGGUGUUUUGAUCCAAUUUAGUUGUGUCGAUUCUGUUAACUCUCCCUCUCUCUUGCCUUUCGGCGCACUCCAAAUAAGUAAUCCUUGUGUAAGACGGAUCGGAAAUCCUAUAAACGAGACAGUUCAGAUUAGGGUUGGACAAUCCAGCUUAGGUGUAACGCUCCAUUAGCUAAGGCAGAUUUCGAGCAGUUGCUUGGAGUAGGAAGUCUGGAACCGAGAGUUCCGUAAAUGAGGUGUUUGACAAGUGAAUAUGACAGAUAAUUAAUAUAUGAAUUAGUUGGGCUGGCUGCAACAAUGCCGUCAGACGAUCAAGAGAUAUGUUUGACAACGGUGAAUGGUUUUUUAAAUCCCGGAGUUGUACUAGGAAAACAAAAGGUAUUAUUCCGCGUUGUGUUGAGCACAAAUGUUUUCAAUGGCGACUUUGUUCUGCUAUUCAAAGGGAAAAUUUCUCGGGUAAAUAUUUUUCAUUCCAAUUUGUGUCAAUAUCAAGACCUCUCUAGUUUUGAACAUCGCGGCUUGUCUGGGUUUUGUGGGGGUUGAGAGUUCCUAUCAGCAAGCGAUAGAAAGAUAUCAAACCCGACAAUAUCUCGCCAAUUGGUGACCGCCGAGGCGGAGCUCCUAACUAGGACGUGCUAAAUCUCGUUUGGUUCCUUUCACAAAUUUCUGCUAAUUAUAUCGAAGUGUUUGAGGUUCAAUGAGAUCCAACCCCAAAUCCACCCUUUUGUUUUGAUUCAAAUUUGCUUGUUGUUGCGCCGCCAAGCAUAGAGAAUUGAACAAAGCGUUCACAUUGCCCUCGAUCGGUUGGCACUGCUUUUGACGGCGCAUAAACAGUUUGCUUGUUACAAAGGCGACUUCUAUUCAGCGAUUCAGUGACAACGCCAGUGCCUGAUUCAAUUCAAUUGCGAAAUUAUCGACUAAAUUUAUUUCACACGCACCCAAACAGAUAUCGGGGCGUCCUUCAAGAAGAACGGUAACAGAUAUUGGUUUUGUGACUUUCCACGUGCGUGAGUAAACGGGAAAUACAAAAGUCAGCUGUCACUUUCAAUAACAACUUCGAGGCAUUUGCUUGCGACGGACCAGAAAUCUUGAUCUCUGAUGGUCAACAAGGUUCUUCAAUAUUGCGAUCAGCAAGGCUACGGCCGUUGGCUCGUUCCAUAUGUUCGGAACAGUAUACUAAAAUUUAUCUGUGGUUAGUUUCUUAACAUACACCUGCGUUUAUCGCAGAUUCAAAUCUAAAAAAACGCGCAAAGUUUGACAAGUGGUGAAAGGUGGGCGACCAAUGACAAGUGUGGCAUUCACAACUGGGUACCAAUUUGUAAAAUUGGUGGUAGAGCCUCCGGCCAAUAAAAUGCCGGACAAUGACAGCUCAAGUCACGUGUCUCUGUACGAUCCGGCUGCGCCAAUCGCAUAACGCAUCUAAAGAGAUCGGAAUUUUGAAGUAUUCGGUUCGUCAGCUGGCAGUGUCGCUCAGUUAGUAAUCCCAUUUUGGUUGAUAUCACCAAGAGUGUAUUCUGAAGCUUCCUCGGGAAUGAGCGAUCAGGAACUUCAACGUACGUGGUUCACCCGAUGCUAUUUCCCUGCUCGUCAAAAUAAACCUUCUCCCAGCGCCGCGGCUCUCUUGGACUCACAAAGUAUUUCCUGUCACGCUUUUAGACCAAGGAGCUCUUAAGUUUUGUUUUGUGUUUCUUUUGCAGAGAAGCGUCGAAUAUCUAUGUGUGUCGGCUGCGGAUCUCAGAUUCAAGACCAGUACAUUCUCCGCGUAGCACCCGACUUGGAGUGGCACGCAGGCUGUCUCAAAUGCGCGGACUGCCACACGUAUCUAGACGAGACAUGUACUUGUUUUGUGCGCGACGGAAAGACGUACUGCAAACGUGAUUAUGUUAGGUAAGCCAGAGUAGUCUGCUGCUGCGAAAUCAAGAUCUCAGACCUGCCGGGUGCGAUCAAAUCGCGAUCAACACAUACAUUUCCAAUUUUGGCCGCCGGCGUAGCCACCAAACCGUGUUCAUCGUAGGAUUACGGCAGCUUAUUACAAACAUUGACGGCAUAUUAUUCAGGCGAAGGAAUCAAUGUUGUUAAUUACGAAGACAGAGUGCUUGUUUGAUCCUUAUGACCGUAUUGUCUUUACAAAGCCAUGGCGUAAGCCAGCGGCUAGUUACCUGCCCUGAUUUCACCCGCUGUGUUAUAUCAUGCAUAGAUAUUUCGGUUUGUGCUCUGUGUUGCGUCGAAUCAGGGAAGCUAAUUAUAAAGAAAUUCACACGGUUAACGGGCGGCUGGAGUUCAGGAAAUUUAGUUCACACAAGUUAUUUUCUGACUCCGCCUCUUUCAUAUUGUGGGCAAGCGAGGCGGGAAAGUUUGCUAACUCGACAAGCAGGAGGCUAAAGGUACAAUUUAGAUUUGUGGUUUCCUUAAAUUUCGCUUUCGAUCUUGAGUGUGUACGUUGCCUAGCCUUCUGCGCUUUUACGCAUAUUCAGUAUUUUGACUGAGUUCGAGUAAAGGAGCGGGAAGAAUUUCAAAUCUGUCACUGACGGGUCACUCUGCAUGCGAAUAAAUUCGAAACAGAUCUAUUUGCGAAAGUUGUUCUUGCGAAGCGCAUUAUUUGCUUUAAAGCCAUUGUGGAAUACUUCUGCUUUUCUGUUCUCCAGGUUGUUCGGCACAAAGUGCGCCAAGUGCUCCCGGUCGGUGACCAAAAAUGAUUUCGUGAUGAGGGCCAAGAAUCAAAUCUAUCACAUAGACUGUUUUCGCUGCAUCGCCUGCAGUAGACAGCUAGUACCAGGAGACGAAUUUGCACUGCGGGAGGAUGGGUUAUUUUGUAAAGAAGACAACGAAAUUGUGGAGAAAGCUACGGCAACAGCUCAAGCGGCUCAUGCUCGCGGAGGACAAAGAUCUUCGUCUCAAUCAUCAGGUAAGUCGGUCUGUCUCUUCUCUCCGUGUUGCUUCUUCGAUGCGGUAGGUCUUGUCAGAGUAUAUAUCACAACCUAAUCAAAUUGGGGUUGAUAACGCUAUUAGUAACAACGAUUGACUCUGCAUGUAUCCAAGGUAGCUUCUAAAUUACCCAAAAUCAUUUUGACCGAAAGAGCCAGGCGUAUGGCGUCGUGUUAUGUGUGUUUUUAGGUUUCGGGCGCUUCAUGUGAGGCCCUCUGUGGAUAAGCAACUUGCAAAUUGGAUUUCGGCGAUCUUCCCAGAGAGUAUUACAACUCAAAGCCUUUAGUCAUAAAAGAAUAUUAUAACACGUUCAGUCAUCGCUAGUGGCUUAAUUCCAAAUUGAAUGUUUGUUGGCAAUAUCCUCGGUUCUCAAUUAUAGGGUUCAACACGUAUAAGUACUUGUGACAUUCAUUUCCGAUUAUAGAGUUUCGUGAUGGCAAAUUGAGUGAGCCAUCUAUGCAUUUUUUAAACAUCAGCGCACUGUUAAGACUAGGCAGUUUAGGAUGUAGUUUUAAACUCAAAAAUUAACGUCAAGCCGUGAUAAUUCAGCUAGAACUGUCGAUGUGUAUGUUACCUCCUCCGAAGUAAAAACAUUUCCGCAGGAAAAUACAAAAUCUUAAGUGAAGGAUGUUUGUACGAGACAGUCAGUAUAAUUGCGAGUGAGAAGUGGUGGCUCACGAAUUUUACCACUAUUCAUUUAUAGACUUGAAAGCCCUAUAUUGUCACUGCUAAGUAUUCCCCUUGAACCCCCGUUUCGACCCUCGAAAUAUUAGGUUCGACCUCGAACGGACCACAAGCUUACGCUUACCGUAAUAAAUAACUUUAUAGCGCACUCAAACGGCCAACCGGAUGGCUCACCGACGCGACGUGGGAAAUCAGAAAAAACGACGAGGGUUCGCACCGUGUUGAACGAAAAGCAGUUGCACACUUUACGGACGUGCUACGCGGCGAAUCCGCGACCCGAUGCGAUGAUGAAGGAACAGUUAGUGGAGAUGACAGGGUUGAGUCCUCGAGUGAUACGAGUGUGGUUUCAGAAUAAACGCUGUAAGGACAAGAAGAAAUCUAUGAUGCUUAACAAAACUUCCUCGCAUCACCAACAUCAGGGACCAGGUUCAGACGACGGACAGGUAAUGUCUUCAAUUUUUAAGUUUUCCUUCAGCCGUUUGUAAUGAGCGUACGAGCGAGUCUUGUCAUUGUAUUCGAGCGUUAACACUUAGUUCUGUCAGCGCAAAGACGGAAACAAAAAUACUAUUUACGCACAGGUGGUUAAUCGAGCUUGGCAAGCAAACGUAAGGCAUUUUCUCCUGUUUUUUUGUUAUCACUAAAAAGCGCUUUGCGCCUUGAUUUCGGAUCUUUUUCAUUCUUCGCCGAUCGAGGAUGUUUCUUGUUAACAUAAUUGGAAGAAUUAGGUUGAAGGUGUUAAUUUUAAAUUGUUAGCAUUCACAGCUGGCUCGACGGCUCCGCGUUAUUUUAGAGCAUAGCCUGACAAGAAUUUCCCCGACUUCCUCGUUAAACUAGUGACCAGCCACGGAAAUUGUUUGCUUAUUUCGCGGUGAUCUCGAUUAAGGAGCAGAGCGACGUUCGAACGCGAUUUCUAAAUGAAUCAACCUUUUGAAUAUGAAUAUACAAGAAGUGUGUGGCCUAUUAUAAAAUCAUUCUUGCUCGCUGACGGACUUCGUUAGCGAGGUUUGCAUCUGAUGACGUUGUGUUAUUAUCACAUGCACACAGUGACAACUAAAACUGUUGCUCGAAACUCUAAGAUUUGAGACUUCAAUGAUUAUCGCCUUUUCCGCAUACUCGUAGUUUGCUAAACGCCACUCGCAGAUUCUAGCUAAAAAUGCAAUUACCAUUACUCUCGGUUGGAGCUCUACUGUAUACGUUUUGUAAAGGCAAACAUAGCAAGGCCGAAGUCAUAAUAAUUGGCCCGAAUUUUAUAACUCUGUUUUGUGAUCAAAUUGUAUCUUUAUACGCUCUAUAUACAGAGUCCGACGGGUAGCUCUCCGAAUGCAAUUUCCCGCUCCCUACCGCCAUCAGCUAUUUCGGGUGUUCAGACGUAUUCUACGAAUUUAACUCCACCUUCGCUAAGACCGCCAGCUGACGUCUCACUGAGCGAUCUACCCGGAUAUCAGCCUUGGAAGGCUCUCAAUGAAUUCGCUUUACACAACGAUAUGGAUCAAGGUCCGUUUCAACAACUGGUAAGCGAACUUGGCAUGUCUAGCUAAGCUAAGUUAAGCAUGCAUGUAUCACCUAACUUUAAACUUUAUUUGUGUCAAGGUGUCCUUUGUGUUUUUUUACAGUUUCCACUCUCGUUCCACCCGCGUGCAAGUAUAACAUCUUGAACAGUUUAAAUGGUCCAAUUAUACGGCUUGCAAAGCGCUAUCUAUUAACGCAAGCAAGCGUUUAACUCAUCUCAAACGGAAACCCUUGUGUUCAAAAUAUAUCCAAAGGAGAGAUUUUGUACCUCUAGGGGACCAUUAAUUCAUCCAUCCAAGCGUGCAUACAUUGAGGCGAGCUUGUGUUUUUUUGUGUAUGACAAGAUAAUUGCACUCCUUCUGAAUAGAAGGCUCGUCUAUUUUGCAUAACUCAAUUCAUCGUCUUCGAUCAAAGCAACUAGGAUACUGAAUUGCCAAUUCACUUUUUCAGAAUCUCCCUCGGUCCGUUCGUAGUCGGUAAAAUAAUUCUUUUUGUAGCAAGGUGCUCACUAGUGUCAACUCUUCCAAGAGGACUUUUACCUAUACCUAACGGCAUUGUUAAAAUCUAUUGCAAGAAGAAAAUUCGUUUUGGUCGAGGCUUUACUGAAAGUGACGGAACCUGACGUUGUUUUUUUGAUUUCUACUUAAGUUUGUUUUUGGGUUUGUGAUCUUUGUUACUGGACGUCGGUUUCUUUCGUGUGGUGUGAAGAUGCAGUUAUGGCAAAGUGAAAUUUGCGAGCAUUGUAUGGCAUUGUGAUUUGUACUAAUUGCCUCACACCUUUUACAACAAAGCCUUCUCGGAAGAAAUGGAAACUUGGCCUUGUGUACUUUUCUCACUGCUUAAAGAAGAAAAACUGUAGGCAAUUAUCAUUGGCGCUUAAACUUCACCAGCGCCGGUGGUCCAGCAAAUUAUUGGCAGCCAUUCUUUACGAAGGUAUCGCAAAAUUUCCCAAUUGUAAGACUGAAUUUGUACCAUAAUGAACAAGACACCGGUAGGGCAUUGUUGUUUUUUAACACUCUCCAAAUAUACGAAGCUAAUGAAUCCAGUUCGCAGUUUCGUGAACUCAUGAAGACCCUAAGUCAAGUGUAACUUGAGCAGUUAUUCAUCUUACGGUAUUCCUUCUCAAUUCUUGUUCAUUCUCAACAUUCCACGUUCUGAAAACACCACAAUAUUGGAUUAGAGGCAGAAGAAAGCGGGAUUUUUUAGAAUUUCCGCGCUCGUCACCUUCGAAGCUUUCUAUUAGUUUAUAAAUCUGGCAGAGCGUCGUGGAAUCGACGGCCAUAGGCUUAGAAGUCGAAAACUUAAACAUUCAACCAAUAACAAAGACGUUUUUUGACCUUUUUCCUAACAGCGGGAUAUUUGUUGAGUUAAUCGUGAUAAACAUCCACUUCCCAGCAUGUGGUAAAAGAGUUCAUUUAGGAAAAACAAAGAACACAUGCGUAAGUCUUUACGCUGUGCAAUGGUAGCAUUUUUUUACACAAGAAUCUCAGCGACGCUUGUAACUACUAAAACAACCAGAAUGGCAAAAUUUAUUUGUGUUUUCUCUUUGAAAAUCAGCCGAGAAAAGUAAAGCUAGCACAUCUUAUUCUAAGGCGAACUCUUUGUGCCCUUGGCUCGACUAUGCCCUUGUAUCAAACCCUAUCGGUCUUGUCUCAUUUGAACACUUCGUAAUCUGUUUGUUCCCGUUGUGUAGACAGAAUUGGCUGCGCUGACAUUCCCUUUCGCACAAACUUAUUUUAACCCUCUCUCUUGUUAGGUGCAGUUUUCGGAGCAGGCGCCCCAUUUGGUAUCGCGAACGCAUGAAGGAAUAGGGGCAAAUUGAAAUCCUCGACUCCUCGACCAAAGACUUUCUAUCCUAAGGAACUUAUGAGGAGUGGACGUCCAACGAAUGGCACACGCUCAUCUUCCGAAAAUCUUAAUUUAUUUCUUCUAUCGCAAGCCGCAACGAACAUUCUAUUUAGCGUAAGUUCAGCAUGAAUUAUGGCAAGGGGCAUAACAUUAUGCUCUUGUGUCGACAGUGUAUAUAUCCUAUAGGAUCCGUUUCACGGGAUGAGAGAGAGACGUUCUCAAUAAAGAUAAAAGUACAUCAGG